ACUCUAAAAUCAAACAAACACAGCACAUGACAGACGGCACAGCUCAAACAUGAGUUCCCUGGAUAAUCAGAUGGAGCAGCCAAAGCAAAAAGAUGAGCUGAGGAUUGUUUUGGUUGGGAAGACUGGAGUUGGGAAGAGUGCAGUAGGAAACACCAUCCUGGGAGAAAACACUUUUAUGUCUAAGUUAUCUUCCUCCUCUGUGACAUUGGUGUGUGACAAAACCAAAAGGAAUGUGGAUGGGCAAAAAAUUGCUAUCAUCGACACUCCAGGCUUGUUCGACACCAAAUUUACCCAAGAGGAGAUACUGAACGAGAUCAAAAAGUGCAUCACUUUUGCUGCUCCUGGUCCCCAUGCGUUCCUGAUUGUGAUCCAGCUGGGUAGAUUCACAGACGAGGAGAAAGAGGCGGUGAACAUCCUCCAGCAGAUCUUUGGCAAAGAGGCAGAAAAGUACACCAUAGUGCUUUUUACUCGUGAAGAUGAUCUAGAGGGAGAAAGUAUUGAAUCAUUCAUUAUGGGAAGUGAAGUCUGUGCAGAUUUAAAAACCUUGGUCUUUGAAGCCUGCCAUGGGAGAUAUCAUGCCUUCAACAACAGAGACCACAAUAAUCGCUCUCAGGUCUCUAAGCUGCUUGAGAAGAUCAACAACAUGACCAUAAUGGAUGGAAGACAGCACUACUACACCAACAAAAUGUUCCAAGAGGCUGAGAGAGCGAUUGAGGAGGAGAUAGAUAGGAUUCUGAAAGAGAAUGAAAAUAAGACAUGGAUAGAGAUUGAAGCACUGAAAGGUAAAUAUGGAAGAAUUGCCCUGGAUCGAGCAAUCAAGGAGCUGAACAAUGACCUGAGACUGGUGUUGGUCGGCCUGAGUGGAGUGGGGAAGAGUGCAGCUGGGAACACCAUUCUGGGCCAAAAGGUGUUUGAUUCCAGAAUCAGCUUCAAACCAGUAACACUGAAGAGUGAGAGACAAGAAGGAGAGGUGUGUGGGAGGAGAGUGAUAGUAGUGGACACUCCAGGUCUGUCCAACAGUGACCUCUCUGAGGAGGAAGUGAGAGGAGAGAUGAACAGGGCCAUGACUCUGUGUGAACCAGGUCCCCAUGCCUUCCUCCUGGUCAUUCAGCUGGGUCGCUUCACAGAACAAGAGAAGAGUGUAAUGGAGACACUCAAGGAGCUUUUAUCUGCCAACAUAGAUGGAAACACGAUGGUGCUCUUCACUUAUGGGGAGAGACUGGAAGACACAACUAUAGAUCAGUUCAUUCGCGAGGAUAGCAAUCUGAAGAAGCUGGUUAAGAAAUGCAGGGGUGGAUACCACGUGUUCAAAAACAAUGACACCAGCAACAACAAUCAGGUUAGAGAGCUUUUAGAAAAAAUAGAAACCAGACUCCAGAAAAAGCAGAAUAGCUGGUCAUGGUACUGGAAAGGGGCAGCUGGUUGCUUUAUCUUCAUUUCAGCAGUGAUGAUAGUAAAACUGUUGUUAAAAAGGUUACGAACACAUCCCCCACACAUCCCUCCUGUCUCUGCCACCUGUCCUGUCCCUGACAUAGUUCCUUCUGUCCCUGACAUGGUUCCUCUUGUCCCUGACAUGGUCCCUCCUGUCCCUGCCACCUGUCCUGUUCCUGACAUGGUCCCUUCUGUCCCUGACAUGGUCCCUCCUGUCCCUAUCGCCUGUCCUGUUCCUGACAUGGUCCCUUCUGUCCCUGACAUGGUCUCUUCUGUCCCUGACAUCAUCCCUCCUGUCCCUGCCACCUGUCCUGUCCCUGACAUGGUCCCUCCUGUCCCUACCACCUUUCCUGUCCCUGACAUGGUCCCUCCUGUCCCUGACAUGGUCCCUCCUGUUCCUGACAUGGUCCCUCUUGUCCCUACCACCUGUCCUGUCCCUGACAUGGUCCCUUCUGUCCCUGAUAUGGUCUCUUCUGUCCCUGACAUCGUCCCUCCUGUUCCUGACAUGAUCCCUCCUGUCCCUGCCACCUGUCCUGUCCCUGACAUGGUCCCUCAUGUCCCUGACAUAGCCUCUUCUGUUCCUGACAUGGACCCUCCUGCCCCUGCCACUGUCCCUCCUGUUCUUGAGUCAGUUUGGGAAAUGGUGAAGUCACACAACAACAUUAUUUUCACAGCGGGAGUAGGACUGACUCUAUUGGUCAUCAUAAGAAAAAUAAUUAGGAAAUAAUGAGAGGUUGGUUGGAUGGGACAUGAUUUCCCACAUCUGUGAGUUAAAUUAAAUGAAUGCUACAAUUAUACACCUCGGUUUACUCUUAAUGAAUUCUUAGAACAUUUCUUAUUGAAUGUUAAGAGAAUGGGUGACAGGUUGUAUUUGAAGAAUCAUAAUAAAAUAUAAACAUGCAAAAACUGAUUUAGAAAGACUGGAUAUUAUGCAUAUAAGCUAUUGUAUGGUUUUCAUCAGGUCUGUUGUCACAAGAAAAGCAUCAGGUCAUACUGAUGUACAUGUAUU